UAGGAAGGAAGGUGGAGCGAGAGAUUGAUUAGAUACAGCCAACUCGGGGGUUUCGGGCUAACAAGCAAGUCGUCUUUGUUUUGGUCGGCGACAAUUGCAGCGUGACAGGAUCCAGAAUGUCUAGACUUGGAGGAGCAGCGAGCAGUCGCAACUUGAGUCUGACAGAAGAGCUCGAAAGGCUUGAACAGUCAAUCACCUUGACGCUACAGGAAAUCGACCACAACUUCAGCAAGGCGCAUCGCAUUGUAACAUCAAGCAUUCUACCCGUUGUCGACCAAUAUGCCCAGCACUCUCGCGAUGUUUGGGAAGGCUCCCGCUUCUGGAAGCAGUUCUUCGAGGCAUCGGCCAACGUCUCCCUGUCGGGCUACCAGGAGGGCGCAUUAGAGGAGGAUGUCUCCCAAAACGACACAACCGCCCAGGAGACUAGCUACGAUCAUGACGCGUCAGUAGAGGACCUCGCCGACCGAACCACGACUCCUACGGGCCAUGAUUACGCUCACGACCAAGAUGACGAGACGUCCAUCAUCGACUCUCCUUCAAACACAACCGGCGUCCACAGCACUCCUCAGAUCAAAACCAAGCCCAAACACUUCGCUUCCCCUUCGCCCGUCAAGCCGCAGUUGUCAGAUCAGAUCAGCACACCUAUGCGCGACUUGAACUUCCAGUCAUCAUCUCCAUUCGAGCCCCCUUCAGCCUACCAGCCUUCAACCGCCCAGCGCCAACAGAACCCCGACCCCUUGAUGCAUCGCAUCAUGGACCGCAACUUCCGCAUCCAGGCUACUCCACACACUGCUCGCAAGCAACAGCGUCCCGCUCCGAUCGAAACCCCUGCCACUGCUCAGCAGUCCCACACUCAGACCCGCACUCGCAACUUGUUUGCCGACAGCAGUCCCAUGAGCAGUCCCGAGAUGGCUGCUCCACAAUUGCGCUCCGACCUAUUCUCUCCUCAGAAGUCUCCCAGAAAGACCUACCAGCCGCCAACCACCCCCGGUAUCUCUGUUCAAACUCCUGGUCGCGACAUCAUGACUAGCACUGGCCGUGCUUUGUUUACAGACACCAAGGACAAAACCACCCGCACCCUCUGGGAAUCUGACAGUGAUGGCGACGACGACUUUAGUAUCAGUCCUCCUAAGACCAUGCAGUUCCACGUUCCUCAGUCCCGUCUCAUGCAGACACCAGCAAGAGAAGCAAGCAGGAUCAUCGUCGACGACUUGUUGGCUACUGCCGGCGCUGACCGUACCGAGUCCAUUGAGGGUGAUAGUGUCCCCGAUAUCAGCCCGGGUCUCGUCAGGAGAAAGUGGGACGAUGAUGAUACUUUCUAAGACACCUGUUCUGGAGAUACACUUUCAAUACUAGUAAAAUUAUCACUUGCUUGGAAGAUAUUGCUUGUUCGGCGCCGUGGUCGCGUAAGAU